CUUUUUAUUUACCUACUCUCAGAAUUCAAAUAAAAUAAAUAAACUCAAGUGAGUUAAAAAAUAAAGCAUAAAAAGAAGAUAGUAAAUUAUGCUGAGUUUCUGAAAAUGCUCCAAUCGAAUCUACUUUCCUAGAAUAAAACUUGCGAUUUUAUUCGAAUCAAUAACCAUGCCUUUACGAUCUUCCCACAGUCAAAUAGAGGAACAAAUUGACACUUUCAUACAGAAUUUCAAACGGAACAGUGCUGUGUUUGUAAGCAACUUCAAUCUAGAAAAUUAUGGCGCCACGAUCAGACACACAUUCAGCGCUGGACAACUCAGCCCAACUGAUCAUAGAAGUAGCAAACGAUCUUCAUUUCUUUCAACUUAUUCGUCUUCAUCUAGAAGAACAUCAGUCGAUGGAACAAAUUCUUCAUUCUCAGAAGGCGAAUCAUUUUAUCAUGAUGAUGCAGAUGUUAGCGAGAGCAGUAGCGAUGAAACUAUGGAAGAAAAUAGUUGUUCCUUGUGUGUACAAGAUGUUGCACACUUGUUACAGAACAAAUAUGCUGUUAUAACAGGUGGGAAAACUUUAGAUGGUUACCCAAUUAUCACAUUUCCAGACUCGUCUGUUGAAUUCCUCAACUUAGCUGAAGAUGAAUUUAGAAAGUUAAUGCUUUUUUUAACUAGUGUCCCAUCUAUGCAAGAUGCGGAUAGAGGAUUUGUACUCAUCAUAGACAGAAGAAAUGACAAAUGGAGUGCUGUGAAGACAAUACUUCUGCGAAUUGCUGGGUUUUUCCCAGCUCUCAUUCAGUUGGUAUUUGUAUUAAGACCAGCUGGUUUUCUACAGAAAGCCAUAUCAGGUGUCAGUAACAAAUUCUUUAAAGAAGAAUUCAAAUUCAAGGUUAUAGUAUGCACAAGUGUAGAGGAAUUACAUUCUCAUAUAGAUAUUAGUCAGUUGACCAAUGAUUUAGGUGGAACUAUUGCUUAUGAUCUCAAUGACUGGAUACAGCAAAGAACAGCUGUUGAAAGGUUUUCAGCUAACACUAAAGAAAUUUCUAUCACUUUACAAGAUUUGAUUGAGCAGUUGCAAGCAAGUGUUCUUCCAAAUGAUGUACCUACUACAAUGACUUUUAUUGAAGAGCAUACUAAAGAGCACCAUGAGUUGAAAGAUGACAUUAGGAGUGCUAUCAGGCAUGGUGAAACAUUAUUGAGCUGCAUUCGUCGGCCAUCAGUUGAAGAUGCUUCUUUAGAUCUUUGUCCAGAUAAACUAGUCAAUGUUGCUGCUGUUGAAAGGUUGUUGGUGCAACUUGAAGAAACGGAAAAGAAUUUUGAUUCAUUUUGGGAUGAACACAUGAAGAAACUGCAACAAUGUUUAGAACUUAGACAUUUUGAACAAGAUUUUAAAGAAGUUCAGAGUGUGUUAUCUUCAUGUUUGGAUAAAAUUUCUGAUAUGCCAAUAUCUGGUGAUUCUGUUUCAAAAGUCCAAGAAGCUCUUAAAGAUGUGGAAGACUUUCAACAAAAUAUUGAAGCUGAUAUAAAUAAAGCUGUAGAAGUUCAAGAACAGGGUCAAAAACUCAUUGCUAAUGACCAUUAUGCUAUUGAUUCUAUUUCUCCAAAGUGUGUGGAGCUAGAGACGAUGGUAGGUGACCUCAAACAGCAGCUUCAACGUAAGCUUGACAUGCUUAGGAAAUAUUGUGACCUGCAUGAAAAAAUUGAAAAGGCAAAUAUGUGGUGUGCAGAAGGAGUUGAACUCUUGGCUUCUCACCAGAUUGAAAAGUGUACUUGCUAUGAAUUUGCCUCCAGAGCAUUAAAAAGCAUAACAGAAUUUUUACAGAAAGGUGCUGAUUUGCAAAUAAGUGCAGAACUUGAGCAUCAUUCUAUUCUUGAUGGUUCCAUAUCUCCAGAAACCAGAGCACUUGUACAACAGGUGUUGAAAAGACUUGAAGAUAUGCAGACAGUUUGUGAGAAGCGUAAAUCUAGUCUUGAGAAACUUGCUGUGAAGCCUGUACGUCCAAUCCAGGCAGUAGUUCCCGAACCCAAAGUGCCUUCUCAUCCACCUCUUAGAAGACCUUCUCCAGAUGGUGAUAAGAAAAUUCUUAGGAAAGCAACAAAGGCUACCAUUGAAAUUUGCUUUGAAGAAAACGAAGCAGAAGUGGCUUCAUAUUUUCAGCCUAUUCAUUCAGUUUCCAACAAUUCAUCUCCAAGAAAUAGUGCAGAUAUCUUAAGGUUAAAAAGGAACCAUGUUAUAACAGAACUCAUUGAAACUGAAAAAACAUAUGUUACUGAACUACAUAGCAUUCUAAAUGGCUAUUUAAAACAAAUUGAUAAUCCUGCCAUGAGAGAUAUAGUCCCCUCUGUUCUUUUUGAUAAAAAGGAAGUUCUUUUUGGUAAUAUGGAGGAUCUAUAUUUGUUUCAUAACAACACUUUUUUAUUAGACCUUGAGGGUUGUAUCAAUACUCCGGAACAAGUGGGGAGGUGCUUUGUAAGAAGAAGUGAAUCCUUCCAUAAAUUAUAUAGCAUUUAUUGCUUAAACAAGCCUAAAUCCGAAUCCCUCCGCAGACAAUGUGGUGACGACAAUCCCUUUUUCAAGGAAUGCCAGAGAAAUCUGGGUCAUAAAUUGCCUCUUGGUGCCUAUUUACUUAAGCCAGUCCAAAGAAUUACCAAAUACCAACUAUUACUUCAGGAUUUACUUAAAUUUUGUGAGGAAAGUAUAACUGAGCUUAAAGAAGCAUUAGAUACUAUGUUAACUGUGCUAAAGUAUGUGAAUGAUAGCAUGCAUCAAGUAGCUAUAACUGGUUUUCAUGGGUGCUUAACAGAUUAUGGUCCAUUAUUACUUCAGGGUCCAUUCAAUGUCUGGGUUGAAAACAAAAAAGAUCGCAUCAGAGAUCUGCGUUUUAAAGCUCAUCAAAGGUACAUAUUCUUGUACCAGGGUUUAGUUUUGUUUACUAAAAAAUAUGGCCGAGAAGAAAGUCCGAGUUAUGCCUUUAAAAAUGCUCUCAAGACAUCUCAAAUUGGACUUACUGAAAACAUGCACGGUAGCAAAGCAGAAGGGCGAAAAUUUGAGUUAUGGCUUCAUGGGCGUAAGCAAAUAUAUAUAUUACAAGCACCAUCUCCUGAAGUUAAAUUGAAAUGGGUGUCAGAAAUUAAAAAAGUUUUGUUUCAGCAGUUUGAGCACCUCAAAGAUGAAAACAAAAAGAUGUAUUCUGAUAAAAUAAAAACUUUAAAUGGACUUAUUUCACAGUCACCUAUUUCAAAAAGAGCACAAGUUGUAUCUAGUCAAAGUUGGGAUAAUAAUUCCCCAAUGAAUAACAAUAUUUUGGAUAAAAGUGAAAAAACAAGAAGAGCAACAUUCACCUCUGAAGAUAGUUUUCAAAAAGAAGAUCUUGAUAAUCAAGACGAUGGUUGGUCUACAGAUGAGCUAUCUCAAACUGAAGACGAAGAUGAAGAUGGAGAUAUCUUUCUUCAAAAUGCAGAGGUGAAAGGUAGGUAUGUUGUGCUCGGAGACUAUGAAGCUGUAGAUGUGGGCGAAGUCUCUUUGCAUGAAGGCCAGAUUGUGGAAACAGAAAAGAUAGGCUGUGCAGGCUGGUGGUAUGUUCGUUGUAUGGAUACAGGAAGUCAGGGUUGGGUCCCAGCAUCUUAUUUGGGUCCUUCAGUUGGUCAUAAUAAUAAAAGGAAUUCCAGAUCAUCACCAUCUGUUAGUAGUCAAGAUUCAGGUAGUGGAAGCCUUCAGCGUGCAGCUAGUAAAUCUAGUGUAGCUAGUAACAUGAGUAGUACAAGUCAAGAGGCAGUCAAUUCAUGAUGAAUAGCAGUCCAAUCAUCCAACAACUGUUUGUACUCUUUUAUAUGGCUUCAAAAUAGUAUCCAUGACAGUUAGAUAACAUGGAAAUUCUCCAUUAAAUUACAUUUGCACAUCAAUAGCUCUACCUCUUAGUACCCUGUGUAAAUCGUGAAAUUCAUAACUUAGAUAUCCAAGUACAAUAUUGGUUAUAGUAAAUGCUACCAAUGAUUUUCAAGACUAUUAAAUCUGGUUUCCUAAAAUCGAAAUACAAGAAAAAUAAGUUUAAAAGGAUAAAUUCUGCUUUUUAGCAUAAUGACUUUAAGGCAGUAUUCCUUUUCCUUUUCUAAAAAUUCCUUUCUUGUGUUCUGAAAUAAAUGAGGAAUUUGUAAUUUUUUUUGUGAAUAAUUUUAAAAUUUAUAUUUUAUAUAUGUAUAAUUAUUUCCUGUAAUUCACAGGAGUGCUGCUUUUCAUACUAUUUACUAUAUACUUAAAAGAUAAAGAAAGCAUUUUAGAAAAAAUUAAUAAAAUUAUUUAAGAUUUGCAUCAUGUAAAUAUUUUUAAAAAAUUUAUUUUCAGAGCAUGCAAAUUUUUGUUUAUAAAAAAAUUCUACAGGUACAAAAAUGUAAAUAAAUUUGAUUUGGUAGCCCCUGUAUAGUUGUAUGCAUUUCAUUCGAAAAAUAGUCACAGGAGUAUCAUAGUUUUUAAGGUUGUGACUUCAUAUUGGUCAUUCUAGUUGGUGUUCAAUUUUUAAAAAUUGUAUAUUUGAUGUAUAAAUGUUUUGUAAAUAUGUGUAUGAUUUGUAUUGUAUUUGGCUAUUUAUUAUCACUCUCUGCUUGCUUUAUUGAUUCAACUGAAGAAUUACACUUCUUAAAAUGGAGCAUUUCCCAUUGAACUACUUAAUUGUUCACAUUAUGCUGUGCAUGAAAUGUUUUGUAAAGAUGUAAUAGUUUAGAAAAAGAAAAUAUUUCUUUUCUUGAAUUUUGUAUACCAUUUUUUAAAGCAUAAAGUUUCAGGUGCAAUAUGAAAAUAUGUUGCUGUUUAACUGAAUACUCAUUUUUUAAAAAGAAUUAAGUCUUCUAGAGAAGCUUGCUAUAGUAUUUGAAAUGUUUACUUUUGAAAAAUUAUAAUUUCUUAUUGGCUUACCAAUUUAAAACACA